AUGCGUCGGACAGCGGCUCACUUCAACCGCAUAGGACAAAGCGUCGAACGUAUGGAUCGGAACUCAAAAUGGUGCGACCCUCGAUCCGACAAAAGGACGGUUCUGAAUGCAGUGGAAUGCUUUGCGCAUCAACACAAAACAUCAACCCUUUCCUGGGUACUUUCGUCAUUGUCGACCACUCUGUAUCUCGUUGUCAAGCACCUUGGAUACCGAGACCACUUCGGGACGCUUGGACCUCCUCCAUCAGGUCAAGUUGGUCCGAAGACAGCGAACGCUUGGACCUCUCCACCCGGUCAAGUUGAUCCGAUGACAAUGACCUGUAGGUCAAAGCAACAGCCACGGAGCUUUCGCGUCGAAUACUGUUAUGCGAGUGCACCCUAUGCGCAGCUGUUCUUGCUUCUGAAAUGUCUUCUAUUCGGAGCGGAGACCCGUCAGAAGGGCUGUGCUUCUAUCCAGCCUGUGCAUGGUGAGUCUCGCACACGCCAGCGGACCGUCAACCACAUGUUGCCCACCUGUACCAACACACUGGCCCUCGAUCGGUUCUCCUUCUCCGCAGUCCUGAGCAGAGGCACCGCUUUCGGCUCGGGUGGCGCGCUCGAGCCUGUCCGAUCCGAACCCAGCCACCGUCUACACGCGUCGUCAUUCCUUUGA